AUGAACUUUAUCACCGAAAACUGCCCUUCCGAUCCGUGGUGGAAAUCACGGCUUCGGCUUCUUCAGCUACUUGGUGGUGGCAGCAGCACACAGUUUACAUCCACCCCUGCACCGGCCUUGAACUACUCAAUCCCAGCCAUUCUCGCACGCAUUGAACCUUUUCAGAACGAACUCGUUUCAGAGUCAAUAAUCCUCGACGGACUGCAGGGUCGACACCGAGAGGCUCUCCGCCUGCUGACGCACGGGCUAGGCGACUAUGAUGCCGCCGCACGGUACUGUCUAUUCGGCGGGCCCCGAAGCACGAGCUCAACCGGUGCGCCGUUAGAGUUUGCGGAGAAAUCACGCCAGACCGAGCUAUUCCAGUAUCUCCUCGAUGAGUUUCUGCAAAUUCGCGACCUGUCAGAACGCAUUGAACGCACAAGCGACCUCCUUGCACGCUUUGCAGCUUGGUUCGAUGUUCGCGAGGUAAUUAAGAUCAUCCCAGACGAUUGGAGCGUGGACAUCCUCAACGGCUUCUUAGCCCACGUCUUCCGCGUGCUCGUGUCAGAAUCGCGAGAGGUGCGAAUCGAGCGCGCGCUUUCAGCUGGUCAGAACCUGCGCAUAACCGCAGAGUACAUCUCGAGCAUGGAGAAAGUCGGUGGUUGGGUUGAAGAUGACCAGGGAUUGAGGCAGUUGCGGGGGGGUCAGAUCAAUAGCACGCGGGGAGAGACGGAGAGUGACUUCGGGGAGAUGGUGGAGGCGGGGUUGAUACGUGAUUCGUCUUGA